CAUAUUCAUCAUUUUGUAUAAAAUCUUGAUGAGCUAGGAUUAAAUCAUCUACCAAAAGCUUCAAUCAAAGGUCAUUUUGAAGAAAAGUGGAAUGUCUUAACUCGCGCAGUCAUUUUUUUGAUCCAAUGUUAACAUCUAAGGUUCUUGGAAAUUUUCCGGACAGGAAAUCUUUUUUGUCACACAAAUAUAGUCCUACUUUUUUAAACAAUUUGAUGUCGAUAGUAUCUGGAAAGCAUACGAGUACUGGUGUAGAUACACCUGAAUGCAGUUAUCAUGUAACAUCUAAAAGUCAAGUGUAUGACAUGGGAGAUGGAAACGGUAGGGAUGGAGCGAAAGCUGGUUCAAUCGUAACUCGAAUACAUCAAUCAUCUGCUUUUGGUACUCUACAUCCACAUAUUUAUAAGUCAACUCGUAAUUAUAGCACUGUAUAUACUGGUGGUAUCGGACCAAGUUCACAACAUAAGCUAUUAGGAAAUGUCCCACAAUAUGUAAAGAUAGUGGAAGUUGGUCCACGGGAUGGACUGCAAAAUGAAAAGGAUAUCGUACCUACUGCUGUAAAAGUUCAAUUAAUCAAAAUGUUGGUUGAUUCAGGAUUGCAAGUUGUUGAAGCCACUAGUUUUGUUUCACCAAAAUGGGUACCACAGUUGGCAGAUGCGAAAGAUGUAAUCGAAGCUAUUAAGAGUGUCGAUGGUGCUAGAUUCCCUGUUCUAACGCCAAAUAUGAAAGGAUUAGAGGCGGCUCUUGCAGCUGGAGCUAAGGAAGUGGCGGUGUUUGCUGCAGCUUCCGAGUCAUUCUCUAGUUCAAACAUUAACUGUAGCAUUGAUGAAAGUCUUAUCCGUUACGGUGUCAUUGCGUCUACUGCUAGAAAACUCUCCAUCCCUGUACGCGGGUAUAUAUCAUGCGUUGUUGGAUGCCCAAUGGAAGGAGAUGUGCAUCCAUCCAAGGUGGCAUAUGUUGCAGAGGAACUUCUAAAAAUGGGGUGUGAUGAAAUUUCUCUUGGUGAUACAAUAGGGGUUGGUACUCCUGGUACCGUUGUUCCAAUGAUCGAGGCUGUUAGAAAAGUUGUCCCAAUAGAAAAGCUUGCUGUACAUUUUCAUGAUACAUACGGCCAAGCCCUUUCGAAUAUUCUUGUAUCGCUCCAAAUGGGAAUUAGUGUGGUGGAUUCAUCUGUGUCGGGUCUUGGUGGUUGCCCAUACGCAAAAGGUGCCACUGGUAAUGUAGCCACAGAGGAUGUCGUAUAUAUGCUUAACGGACUUGGCGUGAAGACCAACGUUGACCUUAGAAAGCUCAUGUUAGCUGGAGAUUUUAUCAGGAAACAUUUGGGUCGGCCCUCCGAGUCUAAAGCUGCAAUUGCUUUAAGUCAAACUGCAUUUUGUACUUCCAAGCUAUAAAGUAAUUCUGGAACUUAAAAGGUGUAACAUAGUUGGGCUUAAAUGGUUUGAUACCAUCCACUGGACUUUACUAUUUAGCCAAAAAUAAUACUAAUAAGUAAUAAUAGUUAACAUUGAUUGACCACA